AAUUAUUUAUAAGUUUUAAACCCUAAAUCUACAUCUUCCUAAAAGUAAAACACUACAGCCGCUCCCUGCCCAUUUUGAAAGUCGAAGACCUCCUCCCUCCUGUGCGCUGAAUCGAACACCUCCAACGCCUGAGACAACGACGGCGAAAUAACGACGGCGAAAUAACGACGGCGAGACGAGAGUGAACCACCUCAGACGAACUCCUCCUAAGCGCAGUGUUCAGUGUUCACUGUUUCAGUCGCUCCGCCUCCUGCCUCCUCUGCUCGUGGCUUCUCCGGUGUCUCUCCCUCUCCUCCAGUGGCUUGCUCUCUCUCCGCAGCUCGGCGCUCCUCCGGUCGUCUUCCCUCUCUCUCCGAGCCUCUCAAAUAAUGACUUUUUUCUUGAGAAGUAGUUUGGCAUCAUCAUCAUCAUCAUUAUCAGUACUCUCUACUCUUACUAAUAAUAAUUAUAAUAAGAAGAAGAAGAAGAAGAAGGAGAAAAGGAUUACUAUAUCAACUACUGCUAUUACUAAGCCUCCUCAUCAUGAUAAUGAUAAUGAUCAUGAUGAUUUGAUGAUCACCAACAAUGAGACUAUCACUACUAACAAGUCUUCUACUGAAACAACAAUUACACAUGAGGAGGACAAGAAGAAAAAGAAGAAGAAUAAGAAGAGGAGGAGAUCACUAAGUCCGGUGAUUAUUAUGCACGCUAGAUAUCCUAAUCCUAAUCCUAAUCCUACACCAGAGAUACAAGUCAAAUACAUUGACACCGGUUUUUACACGCCCCCUCAUCUUAGGGAUGUACUGGAGAAACACUACCGCCAAGAGGAGUUUUAUGAGGGGUUUUACUUAGACCCUCUUCCAGAAGAACUACUAAAACUCAAGCCUCAUCUUCUCAAACCAGCCUCCGUAGAUGAUCCCCUAAUCCAAGAGCUUGCAAAAUGGGCAAUCCAACAAUAUAACGCUGAGAACGACAAGGGUGAGAAGCUUGAAUUUCAGAGGAUUGUGAGAGUGAAUAAAACUACACAAUCUCCUAGUCGUAUGCUCGCCACUAUCCAAUGGUCUAUUAGUAUUAUGAUUGAUGAUGAUGAUGAUGGUGAUGAUUAUGUAUUAAAUUGGUUAAGAGUGCUGUUUGUAAUUCUUGGAAACCAAAUCUCGACCUUCUUUCUUAUGGAUGAAGGAACAACAAGUACAAUUUCAGUCAAAAUAUUUGCCUACUAAA